CAGAGAUAGAACGUAGUCUUACGUGAAGGCUUGGUAUGUCACGUAUACUGUACUUUAUUACAACCUAAAGAACAGAUUCAUGAAAUGGCACAGGGAUCGACUUCGAAUUCACGGCAGACCGUUUCUGAGGUUGGCACAGACAUUGACUUCUUCCAAACUGCAUUGCAGAUUCAAGUCGAAACGGCCGAGGGCACACCGAACAGAGACAUUGGAAAGCCAGAGGAAAUUCAGGACAGGCAACAGGAUGUUAAAAUGUCCUCGAUAAUAUCAACCAAAGCUGUCCAACUAAUGAAGGCGGCCAACAUCAGUUCCUUUAACACUCGUUCUCAUGCAGAAGACGUUCCCUCGGACUUGUUACAAACGCCUGAUGCCGAAAGACGUCCUAGCUUGGAGCCUAUGAUUGAUAUAACGAAAGCAUUUACCGUUAACAAAAUCGCCAAAACUUUACUGACCAACCAAAAAACAAGACUACAGAACCUCGAAGAAACCGGGAACUUUACAAUCAAUAUUCCUCUGAAGAAAUUUAACCCAAAUCUUGUACAGACUCAUUUAUACCAUAUACUCAGCAUUGCCCUAAAACACGUGCAGUAUGAGCCGAAUCUUUGCCGCCAUUUAUCCAAAACGCUCAGCGAAGAAGCGCGGGACGUUGUGAAGGCGCUCAAGUUUCCCAGAUACAAGUUUGUGUCCGUUGUUACUAUCGGACAGCUGAAGAAUGCCUCUAUAAAACUGUGUAGUAGAUCUGUUUGGAGCUGCACGACUGAUAGCUAUGCUUGCGCAGAGUACAGAAAUAGCUCUCUGUAUGCUGUUGCCAUGAUUUUUGCAGGCUUUUUAGAUUAACAAUUAAUUAUAUCAUUACAUAUAUGAUCAAAUCUGUAUAGUUCUUACACACUAAUAAUCAAUCCCAUACUGAACUCAAAUGUUAUUUCAGUCUAUGUAUUUUGAGAUUUCGAGACACAUUUAUGUGUUUUGAGUAAAUUUAAUGGUUCGUGUAAAAUGUUAUUCAGUCCCAAUAAAAUACCGAAUGUUGCCGAGAAAUGACCCUAAAAAUAAAAACUACGUGAUUGAAUACAUGCAACCCAUUUCAGCGAAGGUGAGAAGUUGAAUUAAAAAGAAUGAAGAAAAAAUCAAUCGAGAAGGUCCGGUUUACAUAAGAAUUUUCAAUUCAUUUUCGCCAACUGAAGGAUGUGUUUUUAAAAAAUGAUUAAUAUACGGUACAAAAUAGGUGGAAAAAUAAUCGUUUAGCAAAUACACAUGUACCCCCUUCCGCGUAUUAUAAGCUAUCCAAAUCCCAUAACAUUGUGUUUAUAAAUACCCAUUCACAACUUAAGGUGGUUUGGGACAUUUUCAUGUUGUGACGCACUUCUAAUCGAAAUAAACAAUAAAAUCGAG